GAAGGGAGCGGGCGAGCGGCGGCGGCGGCGGCGGCGGCGGUGGUGGCGGCGGCGGCGGGCACAGAUUAAUUAAAAGAAGAAUGAAUAGCAGUCCUUGAAGAUAACUGGGCAACUUUUCUUUAAAUCAUCUUUAAUUGUAGACGUUCAAGUGGAGUCAGAGGCUCUUCUUAUUGGUGUGAGGAUUUAUACAAGUCUUCAGUUUGUCAACAUAGACUAACAUCAUCAUUUUUAGAGAAGACAUUUUUCUUUUUUUCCUCUUUUGGUGUCUUGGUGCCAAAAAUUAAAUUUGGGUGCAUCAUUUUGACUUGUGCUUGUGUCUAGAUUUUAUAACACAAGUAAUUUAAUAGAAUUUUGACUUGUUUUGCUUAAAACCAACCAAACCAUUGCAUUGAACCUGGAAAUCUUGAACUGAGAGAAUUGGCAACUUUAUUUUAAUACAUAUAUCUGAAGACUUAAAAAAAAAAAAGCAAAGGCUUUUUUCAGAGGUGUGCCUCUUAAAAUUCUUUAUUAUUGGAGACAAAUUUUAUAGCACUUGCAGUGAAAUUAUGCUAGAGUAUAAGCAGAAUCAAAACAGUUGCAAGAUCUAUUGAGUGACUUAGGGAGAUCUCUCUUUGGAAACUUAAAUUUUCUAUGAGUUACCAUAGAAAUUUUUUAUAACUUACCAUAUGUAAGUUACCAUACGUAUUGGUAUACAUUUUCUCCAAAUAAGCAGCUAAAUAACAAUGCAAGUGUCAGACUUACUUAUUUAAUCUAAUAGUUUUUAGCAAUGGAAAACCUACAGACGAAUUUCUCCUUGGUUCAGGGCUCAAAUAAAAAAAUGAACGGGAUGGGAGAUGAUGGCAGCCCUCCAGUGAAGAAAAUGAUGACAGACAUUCACGCAAAUGGGAAAAUGAUGAUAAACAAGAUGCCAACAGUUAAGAAGGAGCACUUGGAUGACUACGAAGCACCAAUGGAAACGGAUGGAGAGCAUGUCAAACGAACCUGUACCUCGGUGCCUGAACCUUUACACUUAAAUCCCAGUUUGAAACACACUUUGGCACAAUUCCAUUUAAGUAGUCAGAGUUCUCUGGGUGGACCAGCAGCUUUUUCCGCUCGGUAUUCCCAAGAAAGCAUGUCACCUACUGUGUUUCUGCCUCUUCCGUCUCCUCAGGUUCUUCCUGGUCCACUGCUCAUCCCUUCGGAUAGCUCCACAGAACUCACCCAGACUGUGUUGGAAGGGGAAUCUAUUUCUUGUUUUCAGGUUGGAGGAGAAAAGAGACUGUGUUUGCCCCAAGUCUUAAAUUCUGUUCUCCGAGAAUUUUCACUUCAGCAAAUAAAUACAGUAUGUGACGAACUGUACAUCUAUUGUUCAAGGUGUACUUCAGACCAACUUCAUAUCUUAAAGGUCCUGGGAAUACUUCCAUUCAAUGCCCCAUCCUGUGGGCUGAUUACAUUAACUGAUGCACAGAGACUAUGUAACGCUUUAUUGCGACCACGAACUUUUCCUCAAAAUGGUAGCAUACUUCCUGUUAAAAACUCAUUGGCUCAGUUAAAGGAAACUGGCAGUGCCUUUGAAGUGGAACAUGAAUGCUUGGGCAAAUGUCAGGGUCUAUUUGCACCCCAGUUUUAUGUUCAGCCUGAUGCUCCCUGUAUUCAGUGUCUGGAGUGCUGUGGAAUGUUUGCACCCCAGACAUUUGUGAUGCACUCUCACAGAUUACCUGACAAAAGGACUUGCCACUGGGGCUUUGAAUCAGCCAAAUGGCAUUGCUAUCUUCAUGUGAACCAAAAAUACUUGGGGACACCUGAAGAAAAGAAACUGAAGAUAGUUUUAGAAGAAAUGAAGGAGAAGUUUAGCAUGAGAAAUGGAAAGAGAACACAAUCUAAGAUAGAUACACCAUCAGGAAUGGAAUUACCAUCAUGGUAUCCUGUUAUAAAGCAGGAAAGUGAUCAUGUUUCUCAGACACAUUCAUUUUUACACCCCAGCUACUACUUAUACAUGUGUGAUAAAGUGGUUGCCCCAAAUGUGUCACUCACGUCUGCUGUAUCCCAGUCUAAAGAGGUCACAAAGACAGAGGCAGGUAAAUCCAUACCAAGACAGUCAGAGAAGCCUUACAGUAGUGGAAAACAUCAAAAAACAGUGUCUUAUCCAGAUGUCUCACUGGAGGAACAGGAGAAAAUGGAUUUAAAAAGAAGUAGAGAAUUAUGUAGACAUUUAGAUCCAUCGAUCUCAAAUAACUCUGUAAGUAAAAAGAAACCUGAGUCUACCACUUGUAACAUAAUCAGAGACACAAGCAAGGCAGGAAUUGACCAUGAUGCAGCAGCUUCAUCUCCACUUCUUGUCAAAGAUGUCAUUUGUGAAGAUGAUAAAGGAAAAAUCAUGGAAGAAGUAAUGAGAACUUAUGUAAAACAACAGGAAAAAUUGAACUCAAUUUUGCAGAAGAAGCAACAACUUGAGAUGGAAGUUGAAAUGUUGAGUAGUUCAAAAGCAAUGAAGGAACUCACUGAAGAACAGCAGAAUUUACAGAAAGAGCUUGAAUCUUUGCAGAAUGAGCAUGCUCAAAGAAUGGAAGAAUUUUAUGUUGAACAGAAAGACUUAGAAAAAAAAUUAGAGCAGGUAAUGAAGCAAAAAUGUACCUGUGACUCAAAUUUAGAAAAAGACAACGAGGCUGAAUAUGCAGCACAGUUGGCAGAACUAAGACAGAGAUUGGACCAUGCCGAGGCUGAUAGGCAAGAGCUCCAAGAUGAACUCAGACAGGAACGGGAGGCAAGACAGAAGUUAGAGAUGAUGAUAAAAGAGCUAAAGCUGCAAAUUUUGAAAUCAAAGACUGCUAAAGUAUAGAAACCUUUAAAGAGAUUCAUCUGUGUGUUCCUGACAGAGUUUAUUUUUGUUUGUUUGCUUUGCUAAUUGAAUUCUGAACUGCUUAUUUGCAUGAAGAUAACUAGGCAUUCUAUCCAUUUGUAGAUCAGAGAAAGUGGAGAGAUUAUAUAUUAGUACAUAAAUUUUUACAUUUCCAAAUGAAUGAAAAUGUAUGUUUCUUUGUACUUUUUUUUCCAAACAGCUCAGUAACAAUACUCUAUGGUUUCAACUAUUAGAUAAUCUGCCUAUAUUUCUAAUGCAAAUUUAACAGUUGUGUACUUUUUAAAAGCUGCAUUGUGUGAUGAAAAAUAGUUGUGAAUUUUGUGAUCCAUAUUUAAGACUCAAUUUUAGAUACAAUGGUGGUUGUCAUAUUUCAAAUAUAUGGAGAUAUUCAAGGGGUUGAAUCUCCUUUUUUUCAUUAAUCUUUCGAAGUUGAUAUGCUAUACUCAUUAUUAUAUACAAAAUUUGCUUUUAUUUUGUUCUUAUUAUGGAAUGAAUUUUCUUCAUUUCUCUUCUUAAUGUCUCCUGAGAGACAUUUUGUCAAAAGAAGAAUUUCAUUGCUGAGGUUAUAGCACACCCCAUGGGCAUAAUGGGGAAGGAUAUUAUGCUUUGUUAUAAUCCUGCUGCUAAACGCAAGAAACAGUUGUAAUUUUUUUUUUUUUUGCUUUAAAUAUGGUUAUAUUUAGACUUUUUUUUUUUUUUUUUUAUGCAGCAACUUCAGGAGAGGGAAUAAAAUGUAAAAAUUUCUGAACUUUGUUAAAUGUUUAUGUUGUUAAAUAGUGGUGUUGAAAUGUUACUGUUCUUGAGAAAAACUGAUACCAUUAAUGUACAUCGGUUUCUAUACAGUCCAUAAUCUUCCUGUACAGUUUUUAUAUGUAGUUAUGGGGCUUACUUAAAUUUAUACAAUGGAUUUGUUUUCCUUACUGCCUUUGUUUUCCUUUAAGUUGUAAAAUAUUAAAUGUCUUGAAGGUUACUUUGGACUUUUGUAUGUUUAAAUGUUAAGUCUUACACAAAUUUGCACAAAUGGACCAUUUCAAUUACUACUUAAUAUGAAAGUCAGGAAUUUACAGUCAACUGAUAGAGUGUGUGAUAGAUUAAUAUAGGAAAGUUUAUGCUAAAGGAUUUUUAGAUAAUUUUUAGGAGAUAGGAAUCCCAUAGUUUAGGUGAGGGGCAACAUCUGCACUUUUUUUUUUCCUUUUUGCACAGAAAAGUGUCAUUCUUUAAUGGCAAAGUUCAUAUUAGUUAAUUGGCUUAAGAUAUAUUAGGUGAAAUUUUUAGUAUGCAUUUUUUAAAGGAAGUUUCCUGAAGCUACUAUUAAUUGACAUUAUUAUCCCAUGAAUUUUAUGUUUCUCAUGUUCUUGCCUAAGGUACUGAAGGAAAUUACUUGAAGAGCUAAAUCUAUUUUUAAAAUAAAUUAGCUAGGGUUAUAUACUAUUCCCAGCAUAGAUGAUAGGUACUCUAAUGGUAUAGAACUUCAAAAAUCAGUAGGUUAUCAUUUAACCAGUUAUCUUCAUAUUUUACUUAAUGGUACUAAUGUAUCCUAAAAGGAUUUUAUAAUUCUCAAAGUAUAGUUUUUUCACUAGUGUGAACUAAAUGUGUAUUUUCUAUUUACCAUUUAAAUUUUGCUGUAUUAAUCCUGCAAUUUGUUGAUUUUUGGAAUCUCCUCAAGGAGGAACAGAUGUUAAAAAAUGACAUACGAGAACAAUGUUAAAAAUGACAUACCCUCCUAAUACUUUUUAUUUAAAUUGGAGAAAGAAAAAUCACAGAGACAUUCUAUGAUACAGUUUCAUUUUAGUUGUGAAUCAGUUGUGUCACAGAUAUGUUUUUUGGGUGUCUUAACUUAAGCUCUUAUAAUUUUCUUUUAUUCUAAUUCACUCAAAAUCUUUCUACUCAUGUUACUUAGUAAAUGAUAAGCUUGCUUAAGUUUCAACCCAAAACUUCUAAAUUGCUUAAUCUUUGAAAUAUGUUACUUUAAAAUUCUAAAUAGUGCUUAAAUACCUUUAAAUUAUCAUAAACUCUUAAUUUAGAAUUGAGUGAAAUAUUUUUUUCUGGUCCUUCACAUAAUAAAAACUUGUCACAUGUAUAGUCUUCAUUUUCCCCAAGAUACAUUGAUGUUGCCAUAGGUUUCUGUCUAACUUCCUUGAAUAUAGUUUUUUAGUCAAUUGUAAAUAUACCUAUUCUGGUGAAAAGUAAUUUUAAGUUAAACUGUACCCGAUAGCUUGAAAAUACAGAGAUUUUGUAAUACUUUAAAAGUGGCCUCUGCUAAAUUAUCUUACCCAUAUAAACUUAUUCUUCUAUUCUU